UGUCUGUUUCCAGGCUCUUUUCUUUCUUUUAGAUUAUAGUAAACUAAACCGAUUUAGGAAUAUAGUUACCCAAAGAGGAGGAGGAGAAAGAAGAAGAAAGGGGAAUAAAUGAGAGCCGGAUUAAGCACGAUCCAACAGACCCUGAUGCCGGAGGCGGCCAGCGUGUUGAACCAUUCGAUAGCUGAAGCGAGCCGUCGGAAUCACGGCCAAACGACGCCGCUCCAUGUGGCAGCAACGCUCCUUGCAUCUCCUUCCGGAUUCCUUCGCCAAGCAUGUAUCAAAUCCCACCCCAAUUCUUCUCAUCCGUUGCAGUGUCGAGCCUUGGAGCUUUGCUUCAGCGUUGCGUUGGAGCAUCUCCCCACAGCCCAAAACACCGGUAGUGGCGGCAGCCCGGGGCUCGACCCUCCAAUUUCCAAUGCUUUAAUGGCUGCUCUUAAACGUGCUCAAGCCCAUCAACGCCGUGGAUGUCCCGAGCAACAACAACAGCCGCUUUUGGCUGUUAAGGUGGAAUUGGAACAAUUAAUAAUAUCGAUUCUUGAUGAUCCAAGUGUUAGUAGAGUCAUGCGUGAGGCCAGUUUUUCGAGUCCAGCUGUUAAAGCAACCAUUGAACAAUCACUCAGCUCAACGACUCCAAACUCAGUCAACACUGCUGGUCCAAUCGGAUUGGGAUUCAGAACCGUCAUGGCUCCUGCUUCCACAGUAGCCGCGCCCCCAUCCAAUCGGAACUUGUAUUUGAAUCCGAGAUUACAGCAAGGGGCAGCCGGCCAGCAAAGAAGUGAGGAAGUUAAGCGGGUAAUAGAUAUUCUGACGAGGAGUAAGAAGAUGAACCCGGUUUUGGUCGGUGAUUCGGAACCGGAAUUGAUUGUCAAGGAGAUUUUGAGAAAGAUUGAGAGUAAGGAAAUCGAUGGGGUUUUGAGAAACGUUGAGGUGGUUAGUCUGCAGAAAGAUUUCACAUUAGAUAAAACCCAAAUGGUUUCAAAAAUCAAGGAAUUGGGCACUAAAGUUGGAGCAAUGAUUGGAAACUUGGAUUGUGGAGGGGUGAUUCUUGAUUUGGGUGACUUGAAGUGGUUAGUAGAGAUUCAUCAGGCCGUGGGUCGUGUCGGUGGGGUUCAACAGCAGCAGCAGACGGUACCGGAAGCCGGGCGCGCUGCAGUGGUUGAGAUGGGGAAGCUGUUGGGGAGAUUUGGAGAAGGGAGUGCCAGAGUUUGGCUGAUCGGAACUGCUACUUGUGAAACUUAUUUGAGAUGUCAAGUUUAUCAUCCUUCAAUGGAGAAUGACUGGGGUUUACAGGCUGUUCCGAUCGCUGCCAGAGCUCCGUCGCCGGGAAUGUUCUCUAGGCUUGGGAGCAAUGGGAUACAUGGCUGCUCCGUUGAGUCCCUUUCUUCAUUGAAGGCGUUUGCAACUACAACUGCUCAAACUAGGCAACCCUCUGAAAAUUUUGACCCUGCUCGGAAAACCGGUUGUUGCCCGCAGUGUAUGCAGAACUAUAAACAAGAUCUCGCCAAACUUGUAGCAGCCAAGGAGUUUGAGCAACGUUCAUCAGACAUUAGGUCAGAGUCAACUCGGCCAGCAUUGCCGCAGUGGUUGCAGAAUGCCCAGGCUCACGAUAGUGAUGUCAAAACAGUAGAUGAGAUGCAGACUAAGGAUCAAGACAUGAUCUGGACUCAGAAGACUCAAGAAUUGCAAAAGAAGUGGAACGACACAUGCUUGCAACUCCAUCCAAAUUUCCAUCAGCCCAGUCUAGGCCAUGAGAGAUUCGCUCCUGCUGCUCUCCCAAUGAUGAGCUUGUACAAUUCAAGUCUGCUAGGACGCCAAACUUUCCAACCCAAAUUACCAUUAAACAAAAACAUUGGGGAGACACUGCAACUGAACCCACAAUUAGUAGCUAGCCAACCAAUGGAGCGGACAAGUAGCCCACCUGGAAGCCCUGUAAAGACGGACCUUGUUCUUGGACGACCAAAGGUCACUGAGACCACACCUGAAAGAACUGAUAAAAAGCGUCUGCAGGACCUUUUAGGCCUUAUAUCUUCUGAACCAGUGAACAAGUUGCAAGAUUUGCAAAGCAACAAGCUGUUGAACACGUUAGAUGUUGAGUCAUUCAAGAAACUCCUUAAGGGUCUAGUAGAUCAGGUGUGGUGGCAGCGGGAUGCAGCAUCUUCAGUGGUCACAACAGUGACGCAGUGUAGAUUAGGCAAUGGAAAACGGCGGGGUACUGGUUCAAAGGGUGACAUUUGGCUCUUGUUUGCUGGCCCUGACAGGGUAGGCAAGAAGAAGAUGGCAUUGGCCCUCUCAGAUCAAGUAUGUGGGGCUCAUCCAUUUGUGAUAAGUCUUGGUUCAAGACUUGAUGACGGGGAAUCUGAUGUGAGUUUCCGUGGUAAAACUGUGGUUGAUAAAAUAGCGGAGGCAGUUAGGAGAAACCCUUUCUCUGUAGUAGUUCUUGAUGAUAUUGAUGAAGCAGAUAUGCUAGUUAGAGGCAGCAUAAAACGAGCAAUUGAGAGAGGUCGAAUUGCCGAUUCUCAUGGUCGUGAGAUCAGUGUAGGAAAUGUCAUUUUUAUCCUCACUUCUAGUCGGAUGCCGGGUAAUCUUAAUUUCACAUCAAACGGCAUUUCCCUGGAUGAACAGAAGCUUACCACUUUAGCAAGCGGAGGUUGGCAAUUAAGGUUAUCCGUUUGUGAGAAAACUGCAAAGCGCCGAGCCAGUUGGCUGCAUGAGGAGGACAGGGCAACAAAGCCGAGGACGGAUUGUGGUUCUCUAUCGUUUGAUCUUAAUGAGGCUGCCGAUGUGGAGGAGGAAAAAGCAGCAGAUGGAUCACACAAUUCCAGUGAUCUCACGGUCAAUCAUGAAGAAGAUCAUGGCCUGACAAACAGGCUGUUAUCCAACUCAACAUCAUCAUCAGCAUCUCAUGAGUUGCUAAAUUUCGUGGACGAGGCCAUCAUCUUUAAACCCGUCGAUUUCGGUCCCAUUAGACGAGAUAUAUCCAACUUGGUAAUUAAAAAGUUUUGCAGCAUUAUCGGCGGCAGGUUUACGAUCGAGAUCGUAAAUGAAGCUCUGGAAAAAAUCACAAGUGGGAUAUGCAUAGGCCGAACCGGAUUAGAAGAAUGGACAGAGAAAGCAUUGGUUCCAAGCUUACGACAGCUCAAAACACAAAUCCCCACGUCGGAGGAGUCUCUAGUCGUUCGACUUGAACUCGAUUCCGAGUCCUGUAAUCGAAGCCAUGGAGAUUUGCUUCCCGGCAGUGUGAAGGUAGUUGUCGAUGAUGGGGGUAGAGUUGAUAUUUCGGGAUUUGUGUUGGAUAGAGAUGUAAAUAUGCUCAACUGGUUUUUUACGGUUGAGUGGUAAAGAGUUGAUUAGCAGAGGAGGGCGAUGGAGAUGUUGAUAGAUUAACGAUAUCCUUCAUUUUAGUUAAA